AUGUUGGCCCGGAAAAGCAUCAUCCCGGAGGAGUUCGCGCUGCCGGGUCUCGUCUCGCGGAUGCCCCGCAAGCCCGUGUUCAGGGACCGCGUGAACAAAGCGCGCUUCAUCGCCAAGAACGGCUCGUGCAACUUGGCGCACAAGAACAUCCGCGAGCAGGGCCGCUUCCUGCAGGACGUGUUCACCACGCUCGUGGACCUGAAGUGGCGCUUCACGCUCGUCAUCUUCACCACCACGUUCGUCAGCAGCUGGCUGCUGUUCGCCAUGAGCUGGUGGCUCGUGGCGUUCGCGCACGGGGACUUGGACCCGGAGCGCCAUAACCUGAGCCACUGCGUCACCGACGUCAAGUCUUUUACUUCAGCUUUCCUCUUCUCCAUCGAAGUCCAGGUGACCAUCGGCUUCGGAGGACGGAUGAUAACCGAGCAGUGUUUGGCUGCCAUCAUGGUCCUCAUCUUGCAGAACAUCGUGGGACUCAUCAUCAACGCCAUCAUGCUGGGUUGCAUAUUUAUGAAGACGGCUCAGUCGAACCGCCGUGCAGAGACGCUGAUCUUCAGUCGACACGCAGUGAUUGCAGUGAGGAACAACCGCCUCUGCUUCAUGAUUCGUAUCGGGGACCUGAGGAAGAGCAUGAUUAUAGGAGCAACUGUCAGGUUACAGGUGGUGAGGAAAACCACCACACCAGAGGGGGAGUUGAUCCCCAUCCAUCAGAUCGAUGUCCAGACGGAGAGCACUGUGGCCAGCACCAGCCUGUUCCUGCUCGCCCCGCUCAUCAUCUGCCACGUCAUCGACAAAAACAGCCCGCUGUACGACCUGUCGGCCAUGGAGCUGCCGUGCAGCGACCUGGAGGUAAUCGUCAUCUUGGAGGGCGUUGUGGAGACGACGGGCAUCACCACGCAGGCCCGGACCUCCUACGUCUCUGAGGAGAUCCAGUGGGGACACCGCUUUGUUCCCAUAGUAACAGAGGAGGAAGGCGUGUACUCCGUGGACUACUCCAAGUUUGGCAACACGGUAAAAGUGUCGACGCCGAACUGCAGCGCCAGAGAGCUGGACGAGAAGCCGUACAUCUUAAUCCACACCCUGCAGAAGAGCGAGCUGUCGCACCAGAACUCGCUCAGGAAGCGUAAUUCCAUGAGACGCAACAACUCCAUGCGCAAAGGCGCCGGCAGCAGCGGGAGCCUGCGCAGGAACAACUCCGGGCUCAUUCUACCCAAAGUCCAGUUCUUCACCCCGACGGAGGGAGGCCAGAACCCGAACGCCGUCACCUGA